AUGGCGCCCUCCCUGUGGAAGCGCCCGGGCACAAAGACCUUCCAGCUCGUCCAUCGCUCUCAGCGUGACCCGCUCAUCAACGACCCGACCGCAUCCGACCGCGUCCUCAAGCUCGUCGACAAGGGUCAAAAGCGCAAGAACGCCGACGGCGUCACGUCGUACGCCGCGAGCGACGCCGGCGGCCCCGCACCCGUCGCCGACGACCUCGACGAUGCCGCCCUCGCCGCAGGAGACGCCGCCGCGUACGGCAUCUUCUACGACGACGCCGACGACUACGACUACCUGCAGCACCUGCGCUCGGUCGGCGCCGCCAACUCGGGCGACGCCUACCUCGUCGAGGCGCCCGUCCAGAACAAGCAGAAGGGCAAGCGCGCAGACGCCGGCGGCUUCCAGCUCAGCGAGGCCGCCCUCGCCCGCCAGGACGCGCGCGACCAGGGCCAGUUCGAGAUGCCCGACGACGCCCUCCCCUCGCACCCGCUCGACGAGAUCCCCUACGCCGACGUCAUGGCGUCCAAGGCGCCCACGCGCGGCCUCCAGCCCGACCUCGACCCGAGCGUGCGCGAGGUCCUCGAGGCCCUCGACGACGAGGCCUACGCCGCCGACGACGGCACCGGCACCGACGACGAGGACGAGUUCUGGGGCGGCGUCCUCGAAGGCGGCGAGGUGUCGAGCGCGCGCGAGCAGGAGUGGGACGACGACGAGGGCGUCGACGGAGCGGCGGCGGGCGUGCGAGGCCUCCAGCUCGGCGCAGAGCAGGGCGGCGACGACGAGGGCGAGGGCGAGGGUUCGUGGGCCGCCGUCAAGGCGUUUCAGGCGGCCGGCGGCGCCGGUCGCCCCGAGCUCGCGUCGGACGACGAGGAGGUCGCGACCGACGACGACUUUGCGUCCGAGGGCGGCGACACGAUCGGCGCCUUGCGGGCGUCGAUGACCAAGCGCCCGGCGCGCAAGGCGCUCACGCACGGCGGCAUGAGCGCCUUCUCGAUGAGCAGCUCGGCCAUGGUGCGCAACAAGGGCCUCCAGACGCUCGACGAGCAGUUUGACCAGAUCGAGAAGCUGUACGACGAGUCGGACGACGACUCGUGGGGCGGCUCGCACCACUCGGGCUCGGACGACGAGUCGGCCCUCGAGCCGCAAGGCGCCGCCCGCGCCGACCUCGAGCGCAUCAUGGACGACUUUUUGUCCAAGUACGAGGUCAUCGGCGGCAAGUUCCGCCCGGCGCUCGCGCCCCUGCACGGCUCGGGCGGCGCCGAGGACGCGUCGCUGAGCGCCAACGCGUCGAGGCUCGACCGUCUGCGGCACGAGAUGGCCCGGCUCGACCUCGGCGACGAGGAGGAGGGCGAGGACCCCGAGGUGACGGCGCGCCGCCGCGAGAAGGAGCGCAUCCUCGCCAUCGUCGAGCGCCAGGACGAGGAGGCCGACAAGGGCGGCGCGAGGAAGGUGCCACGCGUCACCAUCCUCGAGGAGGCGAGGCGCGACCGGUGGGACUGCGAGACCGUCCUCAGCACCUACUCGAACCUGUCGAACCACCCGCGCAUGCUGCGCCUGCGCGACUUUGGGCGCACGGGCGGGUCCAACUCGGGCUCGAACGGGCGCCCGCACGCGGCCCAAAUCAAGAUCGACCCCAAGACGGGCUUCCCGACCGUCGACGGCGUCAGCGUGCUCGAUGCGCGGCCGAGGAGGGGCAAGAAGGGCCAGCAGGAGGAGCAGGAGGACGCCGUCAUGGAGGAGGACGAGGAGGAAGAGGAGGACGAGGAGGACUACGUCCCUCGCGAGGUCAUCAAGCGCCCUCGCGCCGAGGCGACCGACGACAAGAAGGCGCGCAAAGCGGCCGUCAAGGCCGAGCGCGCCGCGCGCCGCGUCGAGAAGAAGGGCACCAAGGAGGCUUUCAGCUCCGAGGUCAAGCGGCAGAAGCGCAUCGAGGGCAGGAGGGUUGCAGACGGCGCGUCGGCCGACAUCCGCAGCGGGCAGGAGGGCGUUAGGAGGCUCGCGUAGGGCGGCGGGUCUCUUUCGUCUGGUCUCUCGGGUCGUCUCUCUCUCUCUCUCGCGUCGAGAUGUUGUUGUACCGGCUGGAACACGUCCUCGUCUUAUCUUUC